UCGCACCCAAUCGCCUGAGCCGCCUGCUCCUCCCCCCUCGUCCUCCCCUCACCCUCAGUCCAGAUCAUCCCUCCCUAGCUCCUCCCAACACUCUUAGCCCUAAUCCACUAUUUAAUCGGAAUCCCUUACCAGUCUCUCACCUGUCUCCUCCCCUUUCCAGUAGCUCCAUCAAGUCCACCUCACUUCAACCUUCACCCCACCCUUCACCCCACCCUUCACCCCAUCCUUCACCCCAACACAUCGCCUCAACUCCAUCUCUUCAACCAUGCUUCGUUCGCUCGCUAGCAGGCGGUUUUCUGCCGCACGGUCCGUGGCGGAUCGACUCUUUCGCCCACUGGCUGCAGCCUCCGCGGCAGCAGAUGCAGGUACCGUUCCACUCAGCCAGCCCGCCGGUCCUGCCGUUGGCCAGAUCCCUGCGUCUUUCUCGUUGGGGGCGAUUCGUGCGAUCAGCGGGAGCACGGUGGCCCCAUCGGUGUACGACGUGGGGCACUCGACGAACAUCAAGUGGCACGAGGCCAAAGUCAGCAAGGACGAGAGGCAGCGCCUUCUAGGGCAACGCGGGUGCGUGAUUUGGAUGACGGGGCUGAGCGGCUCGGGCAAGAGCACCCUGGCGUACACGCUGGAGCACGCGCUGAUGGAGCGAGGGCGGAUCGCCGUGGUGCUGGACGGCGAUAACGUGCGGCACGGGCUCAACAAGAACCUCGGCUUCACCGCGGCGGAUCGUGAGGAGAACAUUCGGCGAGUCGGCGAGGUGUCGAAGCUUUUUGCCGAUGCCGGCAUCAUCACCAUCGUCAGCUUCAUUUCGCCCUACACCAAGGACCGGCAGGCGGCGCGGGCGCUGGUGGAGGCGGGCGAGUUCAUCGAGGUGUACAUGAAGAUCCCGCUGGCCGUGUGCGAGGAGCGCGACCCCAAGGGGCUCUACAAGAAGGCGCGCGCGGGCCAACUCAAGGGCUUCACUGGCAUUGACGACCCGUAUGAGGAGCCCGAGGCAGCUGAGCUGGUCAUUCAGGUUGCCAAGGAAGACGGGGUGCUGCAGCCACCAGAGAAGAUGGCCGCUGACCUCAUUGAGUACUUGGACAAGAGGGGCAUUCUAUCUGGUCCCAAAUGACAGGUUGAACAUGCUGCUUGUUGCCCCUCACCGCCACACCGGUAAUUAUGCCACGGAGAAGCAUGUUAUUGACAAUGGCUGGUCCGAAUGUACCCUUGUUGCUCUGGAAAGCAUAGUAACAGACUGAGAAAUGAAACGGUAAAGAGUUGAGUUGAGACUUCAACUGUUAAAAAGUAAGCUAAGAUCUAGUAGGAAGGAAGGUGU